AUGACCAAAGAUAUUCCAUUUUACAACACGAAUGAGGACCCGGAAGUCCUGAGGAUUUUUCUGAUCAGACACGGCCAAACAAACGAAAAUUCUCAAAAGAUUCUUCAAGGACAUCUCGACACAGACUUGAACGACACAGGAAAGGAGCAAGCGCAGAAACUGGGCCGGUACCUUACGGAGAAUCGAAACAUCAAGUUCGAUAAAGUGUUCAGCAGUGAUCUAAAAAGGUGCCAGCAAACGACUAAAGAGGUGUUGAGCGAAUAUCCAGAGACAGAAAGACCUGAAGUGCAACUUGAGUAUGGGCUUAGAGAACGCUCGAUGGGUGAAAUUCAAGGCAUGUAUUUGAGUGACGCCGAAAAAUACGCAGAGAAACGCGGCAAAGCUUCUUUCCGCGAUUUUGGAGAAACGCCGGACGAAUUCCAACAUCGGCUCACACAGACGGUUUCCAAAAUCAUGCAAAAGAGUACAGAAUUACAGAAUAUAGCUAUUGUUAGCCAUGGAGGCUCUAUCAGACAGCUUUUGAAAUGGUUCAACUACACCGAGCACGACAUGCACCGUAUCAUCGUAUUCAAUACAUCCUGCACAAUUAUAGAUUACCACAAGAGCAACCACAAGUAUGAUGUCAAGAGGGUCGGAAACACGCAGCAUUUGGGUGGCGGAGAGUUCAUUGUUAGUGACCUACGCCUGCGCUAA